AUGAAAGAAGAGACAGCAGCAACAUCUGAGAAGAAGACAAGGCCAUUGGACACUACUAAGAGAGACAUAAAUGAUUCACCUAGCGAUAACGAUGAAAGUUCCUAUACUCUUUGGGGCGAGAGUCGAGGACUGGGACUGUCGGGGCUUUCCGUGAAACAAGCACAAGUAAAGGCAAGAAAGAGGAUAUUGCAAAGCAAAGCAUAUGCAGAACUGCUAGAGCGCAGAAUUCUUACUUUGGAAGAUAAAGUAAGGAAGCUGAAUAAGGAACCCCCGCCAGAAGAAGAGGAGGGCUCCCAAGAGAUCAAAGUUAUCCCUCAGAUACGCGGACUUCUAUGGGUCGAAUUUAAUCGCUCAUUGCAAACUAACUUUAAAGCCAGUCAAGGCGAAUGGACUCAUUGCAUGGAAAUAGAUAAAGGUGAAAAGUACAUCAUCGAGAUACUUACCGAGCAGCCUCGUCACAACAAUUUCAUAGUUCAAGCUUCUGAUGCGACGCGUGAUCAACUUUUGGACCAACUUGCUACCUCUUUCGAGGCACAUCGCAUUAGAAUCAGAUCAAAACUUCUGCUCAAGGUUCUGAAGAAUAUAACUCAAUGCAACACUACUUUGGGACCUUACGAGCACAGGCUAUUGUUCUUUCGGCCAUUUAAACUACUUGUUACCUUCAAUGAACAGAUAAAGAAAAAGAUCCAGAAACUGAGAGUGCUGCAUUCCGAAGGCAAAGGCAUCACAACAGGCUUAGUCGAAGGCCCACAGAAUGAUAUUGAUUCCGAGGAAGCCCUUGAUCAGCUACAAGUGCUGUGGGAUAUGAUGGAAAAAUGGCUGGGCAAUAAGUUGAAUCUACGAUUUAAUUUGGGCCACGAAGUCGAUAAAGUUACAUUCGGUGACCUGUGGUACAUUUUCAAGCCCGGAGAUGAAGUGCGAACUCCCGGCGAGUCUAGAAUCCAGCUAUAUCGCGUUGUCAAAGUCACAGGCGGCAGAGAUAUUCUUUCGAAAGACGAUCCUCCGAGCAUGCAUGCAUCUAGCAAGCUCAAGGAUCCUGGCUAUUCGGAAGGUUCUUUUCUGAUCGAAUGCUUUUAUAUUCAUUUCGAUGGUACCCAGUUUGGGCCUGUAAACAGGACGUUUCAGAUUGCAAGUUUCCAAGGGGAAAGAAAGAUUACUUCUCUGCCAGUCAUACCGCUCAAAUGCUUUCCUGACCAAAAAAAUAUUAAAGAAAAGCUGCGACAAAGAGGGAAAAAGUUUGCAGAGUUGUCAAACCCAAAAUCUACAUCACAUCGUGAGUACAAAGGUUUAACGCUUGAUAAAAAUGUUGAACAGGUCGAUUCGGAAGUCAUUAUAGACUUUGAGCUCGCAUUCAUUCAGAAACCAGAGACCAAACCAGUGCUUGGCCUUGAAGGUCGCUUAGUUUCUGACGAUAGUCGCGAAUUCGCUGAUUCGGCCAUCAUGGGUACUCUUUGCGGUCGAGCAGGCUGCUGUGGCAAUGACGCCAUCUUUAAUGACUAUAUUGUUGAUGAGCAUGAGUACAACACUUUCAGAGAAGGGAACAGGGCUCUUUUUGACUCUGUUCCGGUGCACUCAGCGGACCUCAGUGAUGAUCAAAUGAUCUUGUUACCGCCUCAAGUAUACGGAUUUGUAUUAAGAACGAGGAGAUGGGCAACUUUCGAUAUUGACCUUCUCACCAAUCCAACCUACGGAAACGAGUGGGAUAAUCUCGUGAUAAACCAAGACAACAAGAAAAUGAUCCUGGCUUUGGUAGAAAAUCAUGAACGGCCAAGAGACACCCAGACUAGAACGGGUGGUGUCCUCCCAUCAGUCGAUCUCAUUCAGGGUAAAGGCCGUGGACUAAUAAUUCUUCUUCACGGAGAGCCAGGUGUUGGCAAAACAAGCACUGCAGAAUGCGUUGCAGCUCAUACUAAACGGCCACUUUUCCCUAUCACAUGUGGCGACAUUGGCGACAAAGCUGAGACUGUGGAAAGAAAUCUAGAAAAGAAUUUCCAGCUAGCUCAUAAGUGGGGUUGCGUGAUGCUGCUUGAUGAGGCCGAUAUCUUUCUAGGAGCUCGUACAGGAAACGACAUUGAACGAAAUGCAAUUGUCUCCGGUGAGCGCACCGCUACACCCAUUCAGGGUAUUUUAUUCCUUACAACCAAUAGGGUUGGCACAAUGGACAGGGCGUUCAAGUCUCGGAUCCAUGUCAGCUUAUUUUACAAAAAGUUCAAUUUGAAGCGUACGAUUGCCGUGUGGGAGAACAAUAUCGAACGGAUCAAGAAGGAAUUCAAUGGGCAGGGCAAAAAGAUUGAGAUCGACUCGGAAGAAAUUAUGGCGUUUGCGAAAGCGCAUUUUAAGGAAUUACACGACACCGAGAAUCUCACAGUUUGGAAUGGGAGGCAAAGCCCUAUAACUAGGCAAAUCCGAAAUGCAUUUCAGACAGCGAUUGCAAUGGCUACUCACGAAGCAAAGAAUCCCAGGACUGGGAGCCUUGAGGCACGGCCCAGACUUCGCGAAAGACACUUCAAAGAGGUAGCAAAAAUCGCCGAAGACUUCGAAAGAUAUCUUGUAAAAGCGACUCAUUUAAGUGAUAUGGAUAUGGCUGAGUCUCGCCGCGAAAGAUAUGACCGUUAUCAACAGCGCAGCAAUCGCGACAGAGAACAUGGAAGGCGCCGGAGGGAUGAGUCGAAGAAUAGGAAGAGAAAUCAUCACGAAUCUCGUGACUAUUCUGACUCGGAUUCCAGUGGAUCUUCAAGGAAAAAGACGAAGAAUCACGACAAUACUUCCGACUCAGACUAAAUGCCUACCAACAUAGAGUUGGCAACUUUAGGAGCUAGAGAAUAUUGAGCAGGAGGGUAGACGGUCCAAGUACUCCAAUUCCCUGUUAGGAUACUUGGAAUGAUGUAUGACUGAAGAGGGCCUUUCACCUAUUUCCUUACUUAAGCGCACUAUCAAGAAGACAACGUGAAAAGAAAAGUUGGACGAAAUAUGUGUUGCAUUUAUGUGAUGGGC